GCCUCGGCCCUGCCUCUGCGAGGGAGCCGCGCCGGGGCGGCGGAGGGGAAAGCAGACAGAUGCUUGUGAAUGCCUCAUGGCUGCAGCUGCCUCAGUUAAUUCAUUUAUUGCCUGUUGUAACUUGGAAGCAUUGUUUAGGUCAGUUCAUCUGGGACCAGUCCCUGCCUUCUGGUUAAGGAAUCCAUGCACACGUUCAGGAUGACUCAAGAGUGGGAUGUAUGUUUGGAUACCAGGAGAGUGCUGGUAACUUGACAGGAACUUCCGGAUUUUUUUGGAGAGACCUAUUGCACGUGAGACCUUUCAGAAAACUGCAGUUUGAAUACAUUGGGUCGUUCCAGUACCCGAAGCUUUCACGAUGAAGAGAGCUAGGCAGAGAGGUGUGGUUGACAGUGGAGCUCCUCAAACAUCACAGAAAAGCAAAAAGCAGAAAACUUGCUCCUAUGGCUCAGUGUUUGGUGAAUGUGACUUGCACUCCUCAAUGAACUGGGGAAACCUUCCACACCACAUUAUUCUGCGUGUUUUCCAGUUUCUGCCUUUAGUCGAUCGAGCAAGGGCAUCUUCUGUUUGUCGAAGGUGGAAUGAAGUCUUUCACAUCCCAGAUCUCUGGAGGAGAUUUGAAUUUGAACUUAGCCAGCCAGCUACUUCUUACUUAAAGUCUACACACCCUGAUCUCAUUCAGCAGAUUAUCAAGAGGCAUGCUGAUCAUCUGCAGUACGUCAGCUUCAAGGUUGAUAGUAGUACUGAGUCAGCAGAAGCAGCCUGCAACAUCCUUUCUCAGUUGGUAAACUGUUCUAUCAAGACCCUGGGUUUGAUUUCUACAGCAAAACCAAGCUUCAUGAAUGUCUCUAAGGCUCAUUUUGCUUCAGCACUGACAGUGGUUUUUGUAAACUCCAAGUCAUUAUCCUCAAUCAAGAUAGAUGACACACCACUUGAUGAUCCUUCCUUGAAGGUUCUUGUUGCUAACAAUAGUGAUACUCUUAAACUGCUAAAGAUGAGCAGUUGUCCUCAUGUAUCACCUGCUGGAAUUCUCUGUGUUGCUGACCAGUGUCAUGGACUUAAGGAGCUGGCUUUGAACUACUACAUAUUAAGUGACGAACUGCUGCUGGCUCUGUCAAGUGAGAAACAUGUUGACCUUGAACACCUUCGCAUAGAUGUCGUGAGUGAAAAUCCCGGCCAAGUUGAAUUUCAUACUAUUAAAAAGCAAAGCUGGGAUGCUCUUGUUAAACACUCCCCCAAAGUCAACAUUGUGAUGUAUUUCUUCUUAUAUGAAGAGGAAUGUGAUGCUUUCUUCCGAGAGGAAACCCCUGUUACACACCUUUACUUUGGUCGUGCAGUAAGCAAAGCGAUGUUAGGGCGCAUUGGCAUGAAUUGCCCAAGGCUAAUUGAGUUGGUUGUGUGUGCUAAUGGACUCCAGCCUUUGGAUGAUGAACUUAUCCGGAUUGCUGAGCGCUGUAAGAACUUGACAGCAAUGGGACUUGGUGAAUGUGAAGUGACUUGCAGAGGUUUUAUUGAAUUUGUGAAGAUGUGUGGGGGCAGGCUUACCCAGCUCUCUAUAAUGGAGGAGGUACUGAUUCCAGAUAGCGAUUAUAGCUUAGAUCGACUCCAUUUGGAAGUCUCCAAACACCUGGGAAGACUCUGGUUUCCUGACAUGAUGCCAACAUGGUGAAUUCUUUACAUUUGUGGACAAAAGGGUAGAAUCAGGGUGUUGCUUUCUAUGCAAGUAAAGAAUUUAAAAAUGAAACAUGAAAACUUAUUUCCAGGUUUGAGCUUUUCUACCUUGAGAACCUCUAGUAGUGUCACAGCAAAACGUUCUGGAGUGUUAACGGUAUGUUGAAAUGGAAUCAGUGUACUUCACACUUCUGAGAGUGUCUGUGGUUUACAGGUGCUUCAAACCUCGGUGAAUUGGGCUUCUCUGAGCUUCAUUUUAAGUGUUCCAUCCACGUUAAAGGUUGGGGCAAGUUUCAUGUUCAUGUUUAAUCUUUCUGAUGUAGUCAGAAGAGGACUAGAGAAAUGUUUUUCCUUUAGUAAACCUACGUUUAUGGCAAGCUGGAUACAGGUUGGAAUUCAGUAAUGUGAUGUUUUAUGCAGCUUUUUUCUGACCAUGUUUAUAAAUAUAAAAGCUUUGUACAUUAAAAUACACUAGCCCAGAUUACUCAAAUAUAAUCUGGUUUCAACUCGUGCUAGUGUGUUGAAAUGUUGUGGUAAAUAAGCUUAUGCUUACAAAGAACCUUUCCACUUUUAAAUUGCACUUUAAUUUUGUCAAGACUUCUUUGUAGAGACUGCAUUGUUCACUGUUUUGUUUUACUGUCUUAUGCAUUGAAUGAGUGGGAAAGAGCCCUUGUUAAAAUGAAUGAAUCUAGAAGUUUGGGUUUAGAUUGGUUGUUGGGUGAAUGACAAAGCACUUUGGAAACUGCCAGAGUAUAAGAAACAGCCUCUGGAUUUGGGAGAGCUCAAAUCUUUGGUUAGAGAGACUGUAUGCUUUCAUUGUUAAAAGAUAAGAAGGAUCUCAUAAAUGUGGCUAGUUAGGAAGAAGAAUCAAAUGGAAUGCAGUCAUCUUUGAUCACUUUCUGUCUGGGAUUAAGGAUUUAGAGCAUUUUAAAAGUAAACUACUUGCCCAUUAGAGGCUGUGGCCUGUAGGAAUCUUGCCUGUAGCUCAUAGAGCUGUGCUGUAAGCCCUCAUUUCUAGAGUAAGGGUUGCUGGAGGUGACCCAGGAGUUUUUAAUUCAGGACUGUUCAAUAUUUGUUAAUUGUUUUUGGAGAAAGAAUCGAUUUCUCUGUUUUCUUUAAAGGGGGAAGGAAUGGUGAAUUGGUGUGAAUUAAGAGUGUAUUUUUGUGUUGACAUUUUGCACGCUGUAAACUGAAAUGCAUUAUGUAUAAUUUUUGCUGUAAUUAUUUUCAUGCUGUAGCUGUUCUGUCUUCCUAAGGAGAAGUCUACAUU